AUGGAUAGAUACGGACACAACGUUAGGGCAGACGUGAAGAAGCAAGGAGCAGAAGGCGCAGAACUGCCCAUCCUUUGUGAAACCUGCUUGGGAGAAAAUCCAUACGUUCGAUUAAUAAAAGAAGAAAAUGGAAAGGAGUGGAAGCCGGGGCAGAAGUCUCGAUAUAAACAAACAAUUAUUUGCAACAUGUGUGCAAAAGUGAAAAAUGUAUGCCAGACAUGCUUAUUUGAUUUACAAUAUAAUCUACCUGUACAAGUCAGGGACAAAUUUCUCGAAACGAGUAUUGUCUCCAUGCCGGAAAAUGAAACAAAUAGAAAUUUUUUUUUGGAACAAGUAGAAAAAAAUCUUGAUACCAAUACGUAUGAUAAAAUUAAUCGAGGCCAUAUGGAUUUGUCAAAACUGAGGAGGAGAGAUCCAUAUUUUAAGAGAAAUAUGGCAAGGGUUUGUAGCUUUUGGAGAAAAAAUGAAUGUAAUCGAGGAGCUGAAUGUCCCUAUCUUCACAAAGAAAUACACUUAGACAAAUCGCUAAGCAAUCAAAAUAUUAAAAGUAGGUAUACUGGAGAAAAUGAUGUGUUAGCUGAGAAAAUACUCACAAGGUAUGAACAGCAAAAUGAAGAUAACCGAUUUAUGGCUAACAACAUUUGUAUCCAUGGGAUUAGCGAAGCUGUAAGUCAGGUCAAUGUUAAAGAUUGUUUUAAAAAAUUUGGUGAAAUUAAAUCAAUUAAAAUGAUCCCUAAGGAUUCGAAAAUGUUUAUUUCGUAUGCCAAUUCUCAGUCUGCAAAAAAUGCUGCAGAGGCGUAUAAAGAUGGCCUCGAAUUGAAUGGCUCCAACUUAACGGUUAUUCUCCAGGAAGAAGUAAUUUCCCCAAGGGGUGCUGCGCCAUUUGUGCCCCCCCCACCAGGGGGAGGAGUCCCCGCGGGGGGUGCCCCCCAUGGGUGGUACAACAACAAGUGGCAAAACCACAGAAAUGUCAAUUUUGUGAAGAAAAAUAACAAAACAGAUGCUCCGGCACCACCCGGGAUGAUGGUGCCUGCGCCGCCUAUGUUCUUCCCCUACCAGAAUUACAACUUUAAUCCCAAGGCGCCUAACUCCGCGCCUUAUUUGUCCAUGCGCCCGUCCGAGGCGGAGCAGCGCAAGUAG